AUGGGGCCUUCACGAGCUGUCCCCUGCCUGGUCCUCCUCUUCCUCCUCUCCUCGUCCAGCGGCGCUUCCGUUGUACUAGAAGACACGUGCAAAUCCAUCGCCGCCGGCAAGGAAAGGAGCAUCGGCUACAACUACUGCAUCAAGUUUUUCGAGGCCAGCAAGGGCAGCGCCACCGCCGACAAGCGUGGCUUGGCCGUCAUCGCGUCGAAGCUCAACAGAAGAGCGGCAGCCAAGAGCAUGGUCAAGCGCAUCCACGCCCUCAGGGCCUCGGAGAAGGACAAGGUCAUCCAGAUGGGCCUCGACAUCUGCGGCCAAUUGUACUCGACAGCCGUGGACGAGCUCGAUGCUGCGGCUAAAGGCGUCGAGGCGGGCACACCGGAAGUCAAAUUUGACGCGGAGAUGUACCUCACCGGCGCGUUCGACGCCCCCGAGACCUGCGAGACCGGGUUCGGGGAGAUGGGCCUGAAGUCGCCGCCCGACGCCGAGUUCACUAAGGAGGUGUACAUCGCGAUGGCUGUAACGCACUCGUUAUAG